UGUCCCCAGGCCGAGAACCUGCUGCUGGACGCCGACGCCAACAUCAAGAUCGCGGAUUUCGGCUUCAGCAACGAGUUCUCGCGGGGCUCCAAGCUGGACACGUUCUGCGGCUCGCCGCCCUACGCCGCGCCCGAGCUCUUCCAGGGCAAGAAGUACGACGGGCCCGAGGUGGACAUCUGGAGCCUGGGGGUCAUCCUCUACACGCUGGUCAGCGGCUCGCUGCCCUUCGACGGCCACAACCUCAAGGUGAGCGCCGGGAGGUCGCCGUCACUCCUGGGGAGCGGCCGGUCAUUGUCCGGUCAGCUGUGGUCACCUGUGGUCAUCUCCUGGGGAGCGGCUGGUCACUGCAUGGUCACCUCCUGGGGACAGGCUGGUCACUGCGUGGUCACUGCCGAGAACCUGCUGCUGGACGCCGACGCCAACAUCAAGAUCGCGGAUUUCGGCUUCAGCAACGAGUUCUCGCGGGGCUCCAAGCUGGACACGUUCUGCGGCUCGCCGCCCUACGCCGCGCCCGAGCUCUUCCAGGGCAAGAAGUACGACGGGCCCGAGGUGGACAUCUGGAGCCUGGGGGUCAUCCUCUACACGCUGGUCAGCGGCUCGCUGCCCUUCGACGGCCACAACCUCAAGGUGAGCGCCGGGAGGUCGCCGUCACUCCUGGGGAGCGGCCGGUCAUUGUCCGUGUCCCCAUGUCCCUCCCAUGUCCCCAAUAUCCCCAAUGUCCCCACUGCCCCGAUGUCCCCCCAGUGUCCCCAAUGUCCCCUUGUGCCCCCCCAGCAAAUCAUGAAGGACAAGUGGAUCAACAUCGGCUACGAGGGCGACGAGCUGACGCCCUACACCGAGCCCCAGGAGGACUUUGGGGACACCAAGCGCAUCGAGGUGAUGGUGGGCAUGGGCUACACGCGGGAGGAGAUCAAGGAGGCGCUGAGCACCCACAAGUACAACGAGGUGACGGCCACCUACCUGCUGCUGGGACGGCGCGGAGAGCCCGAGGGUGGCACCGCCCUGUCCCUGUCCCUGUCCCGGCCGCGGGGCGUGGCCGAGGCGCCCAACGGUGCCACCAAGUCGGGGACGUCGUCGGGGACGUCGGGGAGCCACGGCAAGGGACAGCGCGGGGGCGGCCACCACCGGCAGCGGCGGCACAGCGACUUCUGUUGGUGCCCCCAGGUGCCCCCAGGUGACCCCUCCCCCCCUGUGCCCCCAGCCCCACGUGCCCCCCAGCGUGAUGGGCCGCAGGAACACCUACGUGUGCUCGGGGGGGGAGCGGCACCUGCUGCUGCCCAACGGCAAGGACAGCCCCACGUGCCCCCCAGCGUGAUGGGCCGCAGGAACACCUACGUGUGCUCGGGGGGGGAGCGGCACCUGCUGCUGCCCAACGGCAAGGACAGCCUGCCGUCCCGCCCGCCGCCCUCCCCCUCCAGCCACUCCCUGGGCGGGGCUCACCUGGCGCACCUGGCCCGGGGCUGCCCCGCCCGCA